UGCUUGACCAUUGUUUGUCACAACUCUUUGCGCCUGCAGCUUCACAGUUACCAACAUCAAAUUCCACCUGUUUUAUCAGCAAUUGUGUCAUGUUAAUAAUACCCGUCACGAGGCUUUCAGCCUAGGUGGAGGCCCUCUGUGAAGUCGCAAUUCCCGACGAGAGCUGAACACUGUCGUGGCAUUUUACCAUUACAUCAAACAAGAUUUUCCGUGGUCGACCAGCUCCGAAGCACCUUUCGAGAUGCUUGGGCAGCUAUUCCACAGACUUACACCCUCAGGGCAUUCGAAUCCUGCCACCACCUCCCUCGAUUCCGUCACUGAAGAAGCUCACACCCGAAAUCUCCUAUUUCCGGACCCUAGCCAGCUCAAUCGGCCCCAGAAUCACGCUUUUCCUCUUAACAAUGGACCCGCAGCUCCUUCUGUCACUACAACGGGGCGAUAUGACAAUGUUGGAGAGGUGGACUUGGAACACAUUCGCGACGUGCGUGUCCUGAUUGCACAGGAUUCGACAGCCUCACAGCCCAAAGCUGUUCUCUACGAUUCCAAACCUCCGCCCACCAAGCCCGCUCAGCCAAAGAAUGUCUCCCCUUCUUUGCCUAUUCAAGGGCGAGCUCGCCUGAACAGCACCGCUUCCCGUUCGACUGGAAAUGGAGUGUCAAAUCCAAAACCCAGCAGCCGCACUCAAUCUUCCCAUGUGCGACAAGUUUCGGAAGGAUUCGACAAUCCGCGUUUACGUCGAUCUACCGACUCAGGCGGGAGCGCAUUUCAACGUGCUCGGCGAACCUCCAGUCUAAGCGUCAGUCCCUCUACCGAAGAAUCGGCGCAGAGUCGGCUUGCUCGAGAGGGUGAAGAAGAGGUCAGGAAUGUGUUGGAUUGCAUGUUUGGCAGCGCCGUACUUAGUUACAAGGGGCCAAGCACAAAAUUACAUGUUCUUUCCAAUGAGACCCGGUCGAGCGAGCAUUCUUUGCACAAUGGCCCUUCGAGCAACGAUAUUUCCAGCUCUUUUGGAAAGUCGAGCGGGGCAAGACGAGGAAUUUUAAGUCAGUCUUAUUCAUCUGGUUAUCUUUCUCCGCGCCUGACAUCCACCUCAGAAACAACAGAAACAACAACUUCGGCGGCGGCGGCGACGACGACGACUAAAGAUCCAAAGGGCUCCGGCAAAAGGACACUUCUUAUUACAAGAAUGUUUUCGGUCAGCCUGCCAGAAUCAAGUGCUCGGUACGACGCCACACCCACUGUACAAAACUCCUACAGCACUACCGAUAGCUAUUUUCCAGCAAUGAGCAGCCUAUCCUCAAACCCUAAAGCUGUUAAGCAGAGAAAGACACCCAUGUACGCCGUCGCGCUACUCUUCCAACUUCCUGUACCCAACCAUUGGGCAAAACGUGGAGGUGUUAGGGUAACAAGUCCAAUCGAUGGAUCUGGCUCGUUCCCAUCGUCGUUUGAAUCCGAGAGACAAGCAGGCUGGACCUUUUUAGACUCGGCUUUUGGGUCAGACUCGGCUUUGUCAGUCGCACCGUAUGAUAAAGUUGAUGAUCUGGUCGAUGUCAUCCUACAGCGCUGGGACGUUGUCGCUCGGACACUUGCAUAUCUCGAGUCAACUGCUCGUGAGAGGAUCCUUGAACAGCUCAAGGCUCUGGAUCUCGCCUCGCCGCAGCUGACGCCAUCCAUAUUCUCACGCGAGGCCAAUGAGGCUGUGAUAGCGAGACAAAAGCAGGCGAUACGAGCCAGUCAAAGGAGCUUGCAGCUCCCUCCUGACGCGCUCUACGCCGAUGAUAUAGUCAAGAGUCGUGUCAACCUUGCUAUAUCUAGAGUCAUCCGUGGCAUCAAAACGCCAAGAGUCAUUACUGGUCAAGGCCGUUGGGGUGUGUGGAGGGAAGAAGCUCGCUGGGUUGGCCGUUGGGCCGGUGGGAAAGAGCAGAAUUUUUUCUUUUUCAAUCUAUUGACUGCAUUUCUCGGCAACCAUACAGAGUGGUUGAAUAUAAUUGGACCUGCAUGGUAUCGAAGACGCUAUCAGCAACAACAGAGACAGUCCCAAAGCGAGGACUUGGCAAUCCCAUGUCGCACCGUCAUAGUUUGCGCAGAUAAAAUGGCAUCGCGACGAUUGAUUUUCCUCUUGACUGCUUUUUUGCCGGGCAGUAUUGGCGCUCAGGACAAUGGAGUUGCUUACUUGCCCAGCAAUGCUGGCUCGCUCAGGGGAUAUUCUGGCUCGCCUCCUUCAGCCAUGCCUCUGCGCGAGGUGUCUCUACGACGAAAGAUUAACAAAAGGGGGCCGAUAAAUCGGGCAAAUUCCAGCCUCGGAACAUAUGGACGUGCGAGCAGCGUUUCACUUCAUAGCGUUCAAGAAGGAGGCUCUCCGGAUGAGCCUUCUCGCUCGGGAAGACAUCACUUUAGAGCUCAGUCAGCGAAUCCAUCGGUGAAUACAGCCAAUAUCGCGAUCCCCUCAAAUAACGGCACUUCCAGCAGAAACAGCGCAGCUACAACAUCUACAGUGACGCCAAAUGCCACUAUACCAGUUCCACAUUUUGCUAUGCAUCGCAACAGCAAACCAGCAGCGGUAUCAGCUGCUGGAGCACGUCGCGGUAGCACAGAUAGUCUGGCGUCUGCAAAUCUGCUCCAUACUUUGAAAAGGGGUGGGAGCACAAAUACCACCAAUGCAGGCUCUGAAUCAGGACGUGGUGGUUGGGGAAGUUUGAUUAGUGGAUUCUGGAGCAGCCGACGGGACUCAUCCGCGGUGGAGACGGACAUGAGCAACGCCUGCGACGACAGCGCUAAUUCAUACUCUGUUCAGCAAAAGUUGUCCAUGUCUUCAUCUGCCAACCCAUACACCUCUUCCCAAAAGUUUGCUCAGCUCUCCAGUCCUGAAGAAGAAGAGGCAAUUGAGGGCGAAGACGAGCAAGACGAAUCGGCGGCUGUCAAUGGUGACGCCGGAGCAUCAGGUCCCAACAGCAUUUCUCAAGAUGCGGAUACGUCGCGGCCCGGCAAGCCAAUACCUGAGCGGCCCAAAACUUUUGACGCCCCAUUACGAAUGUCUGUUGAUGAAAACGACGGCGUCAUAGACGUAGAGAUUCCGACGUCAAACUUUUUCGGCCCUUCAUCGUUUGGCUCACCUAUCCAGUCCCCUUCACUUGGCGGUUUCAUGUCUGGGUCGAGCUUCGACGGCGGCGCGUCAACCUGCUCGCAUACAUCAACAUGCCCGUUUGCAAAUACCGAGCCAGAGACGCCAGCCAAUGUGGCAGGGUGGCUCAACAACUACCACGAGGAUUUUGCACUGCAAGCUGUCCGGCCAUACGCUUCACUCGAAGACGAAAUCAAGCGCUCCAUGAGCGCUGAACCAACUCCCAUAUCCGCCAUUGCCACCCCUGGCAACACACCCGGCGUUGGCAGUGGUGGUAGUGCAGCUGGCGCUACUGCUGCCGAUACCGCACCAAUAGAUAAAUGGGUCGACGUGACAUCCACUCUGAUUGCAGACUGCCAGACCUUUUCCAUUAAACGCAUCAAAUUACGACGCCACGUCAAGCUUUCUUCCUUCGCCGCCGCCGCCGCUGCCUCGCGGCUGCCAGCUUCCACCCAGCAUCCUCCAACUUCUCACGGCUACCCUGCAUCGUCUUACCCCUCCUCCACCUCCUUUGCCGCCGAGGACAACAGCACUUUCGGCCUGCGAUCCCAAUACGGCAACCCCUACACCCCGGACCAACUGACCCCCUUUUCACGACUCCCCGAUUCCCACGUCGAAGAGGAAUUUGUCGAAGAACCCAUCAUGGACAUGGACGGCACUCUGGCCGACGCCGUCGAGCGCAUCCUCGCCCAGAGCGUCCCCCCGUCUCAUAUCCACUCUACUGCCUCGUCCAGAUCAAGUUCCCGGCUCGGUAUCCGCGACCGCCGCACCCUCUCCGAAUCUAUCCAUCCUCCUCUUCCCCCUCCUCCUCCUCCUCAUCCCCAUCCCCAUCAUCAUCACAAUCCGACUACUACUACUACUACUACUACUACUACUACUACUACUACUACUACUACCACCACCAGCACCUUGGAAGUCCCAAGAGGCGAGUGCAAAAAGACCGUCAUUGGCGCCCUCGAGGAAGUCGUCCGCAGCGUCACGGCCGAGCGCGCUCGUGAAGAACAGGACCUCUGCGACACCUGUGCUGUGACUCCAGGUCCGGGCCCAAGUACCGCCCUGAGCGGCGUCAAGGCUGCUGGAGAGUUACGUGCCUCUCGCUCUCGCAGGGCUAGCAUCGACGUCGGUCUUCUCUCGAGUAAUGCCGCGCCCGAAAGCACAUUGCGUGAGGGCGUGCGUAGGUGGUUGACCGAUAUUGAAGAGGGGUUGAUAUGGGCUUAGUCUCGAGUUCUUCUUUUGGGGGUGUGGGAGGGAGGAGGGGAAGGGAGAAGGGGGAAGGGGGUUUGUUUCGUUUUCUGUUUUCCCCAUUUUCUGUACUUUGUUUUCUUCCUUUUAUCCCCAUUCUUCAUCUUUUGUUUUCUUCCUUUUCCCCUCCUAUUAUCCAUCCUUUGUUUUCUUCCUAUUAUCCACCUUUUGGUUCCUUUGUUUUUCGGUUCGAAAACUGAAACUCGAACGUUUUGGUC